CCACCCAUGACAGGUCAAACCGCGCCGAGCUGUCACUCGUUUUAUAGCAUCGUCAUCGUGCCGAUGUUAUGUGCACAAACAAGGGUUGUGAAAAUUACGCGUUCAAUCGAUUAUCUCAGGUGAAUAGUCCGCGACUACCGUAAGAUAACGCUUGUUUGAAUCAAAAGAAUCACUCGUUGAGCAUCAUUCUAACCCGUCAACUGAAAAGUGACGACAUGUCGCGCAAGUGUGCCGUCCAGGGCUGCGACACCCUGUACGACCAGGAACCGGCCAACGCCGAAUCGCACAGCUAUCUCGACGCCGUGGGACCGUCCGGCCCGUGGUCGGUUUCGGGCAUCAACGUCACCCCGUCUAGCUCCAAGGAGAUCUUCAUCUGCAAACGACACAUCGAAACGGCUAAACGCAAGGAGCUACCGCCGACCAAGACGAUGGCAACGAUGGCACGACCCGAGUACAGGAUAGGGCCGUCGUCGAGUGAUCCGAGUGCCGCGUUACCGGGGUACUGUCGGCUCUGCUUGACGGAGGAUGGUCCGAUGGUUAUACCGAAGGAGGCUAAAGUGUUCCAACAGCUGGCCAUGAAGAUCACGGCGUGUCUCCAGAUGACGGUCUCCGUCGACGAACUGCGCAACUCGCUGAUGUGCAAAAAGUGCUACGAAAUGCUGGAACAGUCGUACCAGUUCCGGCUGCGUUGCUCCCGGUACAACGUUUACCUGAAGAUGCGCAAAUCGUUGGAUCCGGACAGAAGUCAACCGCUGCGUUACAAGGAAAACUGGUAUUGGUACUCGUGCCUAGGAAACAACCUCAGGUCCGUGUACUGGGGUUGCAGCGUGGUCUGCUGUCCGGCGUACAUCAUUACCUAUCCGAGUGGAAAGGUGUUUGAAAACUUUGCCCGACAUCAGCACAAACAGAAGCUGGACGAGGUCCGGGUGGUUUACGGAAGCGGGGAGUUUAUCUACGACGGAUUCCGGUACAGCUUUGACAUGAUCAACACCAACCGGACGUUGCAGUUUAGCUGUCGCAGUUUGAAUGAUCCGUACAAGAAGUGUGGCGCGACGCUGACAUCGAACGACAAGAGCGAAGUAUUGAGUUACACUGAGCAUAACCAUCCGAUGGAAACCAUUUUGGAGUCUGCGCUACGAGAAUCGGGAACGCAUGAGAAGCGCUCGGUGACCAUGAUCCGAGGGCAACAUCUUGAACUGGUUGUUUGUCUUGGGUUUUGGUACGGCACCAUGGCCGAUCAUAGCCGAAUCUCCAAUUGGGAUUGCAUUCGGCCAAACUGUACCGGAUCGAUCACCAUGACCGAUGGAGUUAUGCAGCUUCACGGUGGACACAACCAUACGCCUGUUUGGCUCAAGUGGGGCGCUGCGGCCACCAAAGCAGUCGAAAAUAAGAUACCGAUGGUCAUGAAGAUCGUAAACUCAUCAGCCCCAAAACAGCAGCCCCCACAGGCCAAGAAGCAAUCGCCGCCGGUAAAUGUGGUCAAACCGAAUGCCAACCAACCAAAGGCAGGACAGAUUUCCGUUCGAAGCGUCGUUUCUUUGUCCCAGGUGCCAAGCCCGGUGAACGUUAAGCUCGAGCAACCGGAGCCGCAAAACCGCGAGAUCACAAUUAAGGGCGAAAUCAUCGAUCCAGAUUACACGGAGUCAGAAACAUCCGAACAGGAAGCCGUCGAAUUCGUCCUGGAAAAUCCCAACGUUCCGCUGAUCGUAACAACGGCAAACAUCGCCAAUCACCAACCCAAACCGCAGGCUGUCGGCGGCACCAUAAUGAUUCGUCAGAACCACCCAAUCAAAAUUGUCCGACCAGCCCCUCCCCCCGAACCCGUCUUCAAGCGAGUUGUACCCGUCCAACCAGCUGCCAACCCGGCGCCCCCGAUGCCCAAAAUCCUCAACGUCAUGUCCCUGUCCGACCAGCCCAGAGCCGUUCCCGUGCCGGAACCGCUGGUGCUCACCAAGAACGAAGACGAGCCCGGCGGCGUGGAGGAAGACGAAGCCGAGACCAUCACGGACGAAGUGCUGCCGGAAUCCGGAACCGUUCACCGUUCGCAGCAACCUUCGCCGGAGGCGGAACCAUCCGGAGGGGGUGGCGAGUUGCGCCCGAUGAUGCUGGUCUCGUCCGGAUCGGUAACGAGCGACAACACGCUCAAGGUGACCGCGCUGGACCAGUUCUCAAUGGAGGAGUUGGCCGCGGAGGAGCAGGAGGAUGCGCAGCAGGAGGGCGAAACAGCGAGUGCCGAAGUGGAUGAGGACGAUCUGUGCGACCUGAUGGACGACGAGGAAAUUCCGGGCAUCAUCCCGGUUGACAUUCAGCUGUACCAGGCCACAUACACGUCUCCUCCUCAACCGACCUAUAACAAGCCCGCAGCGUCCGAACAGCCAAAGCGACUGUCCAACAGUGCGCUGUCCGGGAAACCAUCCGUCAGCAGCGCUGUUCCGGCAUCGAUGAAGAUCGCUGCCAGACACUCGCUACCAGCCCCGGUACAGCACAAGACUGCACCCCAGAAGAGUGUCAUUGCACUGAAGCGACCUCUGCAUCCGAUAGCUAAGGUCGCCAAGUUGAACGAUAAGGAGCCCGUCAAGAGGAUCGGCUCGAAGGUGUUCCAGAUUCACAACACAACCAUCAAGAAGUUCAAGGCCGAUAGUACGACAACUCCGCAGAAACGCCCUGUCGUAUCGGUGUCGCAAGCUAACGCUUCGGCAAAUAAGGAUCCUCCAAUGGAUCCGAUAGCCGUUGCAACCGAACCUCACGAGCUGGUUGACCAAAAUCAGAACAGUGAGGCUGCUCCGAAAAAGCAGACGGUAACGCUCGUAAAGCCGACGCAGCGCCAGCAAAAGGCUGUGGCGGCCAAACCGACCGCAGCAAAGCCGACCGAACCGAACGCCAAAACGGUCCAGCUGGUGAAGCUGCAAAAGUCCGAACAGAUGCUCAAUUUCGAGGGUCACCUGUACAAGAUCAAGUGGAGCAACGAUAGCUUCUUCUACUGGGACUGUAUGCUGCGGGAGCAAGUUAACUGUAUGGCGAUUCUUGAGACACCAAGCGAGGCGGCAGCCUCCAGCAAAUGGGUGCGACACGGCACGCACAACCACAAGAUCCCGAAGCCGAUCGCUAACGAGGACUCGAGCGGACGGUACCAGAUGUUCAACGCAAACACGGGCAUCACCAAGAUGAAGCGCCUCCCGUUGCGGACGCUGUCGGCGGUUGAAAUUGAGGAACAGAAGGGCCGAAUGAUGUAUCUCAAGAAGAAUAAGCUGCUUUCGUACUCGGUCACGAAGACCGAUGCCAAGUUGGUGCUGAAUUACGCCAAUUUUAUCUACGACUUGCAGCUGGAACAGGGAACAGGUUUCAGGUGGAAGUGCACCACGUGCCCGAGCAUGCUCGACACGGACGAGAAGUUCAGCAUCGCCAAAACGGUGGGCGAGAUGCACAACCACGGUCCGAAGGUGCCGGUCAUCGAUUUGGCCGUUGACGAGACGCCUGCUGCUGCCGACACGGAACCCGUUCCAGCGUCGACCACGAAGGAACCCACGUUGGAUUUGACGACAUCGGUGGUGAUCAGUAGUCAGGAGGGGACAAGCGAGAAAGAGGACGAGCAAAUGGCUGAAUCUGAACGGGAAGACAAAUCAAAUGACCAAGAUCCGUUGAGUGAGCGCGCGUCGGAUGCUUCAGGCAAGACGAGCGAGAAAAGAAAAAAAGUUCUGAAGAAGAUUAAACGCGUUGCAGACUACUUGGAACAGAGGAAUGAAUCGGCUGAUGAUGACAGUUCGAGGCAGAGUGAGAAAUCCGACUCGAAGAAAACGCAGGACAUUCCGAAGAAGGUAAAACAAGUUUCGACCGAGGACGUUGUUGCGACAGAAGUCGUGCAUGUAUCAGAACAGGAAGACGGAUCCGAUGAUGAAGAGAUGGUACUGGAUUCGUUUAGUGGUCAAUUAAUUUCACUCAAAGAACUGAAACGUAAGGAACUUAUUGCUAAGGAGGAAACAGUAAAGCACAGAAAGAAACCUGCUCCGGAGGAGAAAUCCGACGACGAAGAGUUGGUGUUGGAUCCGUCGAGCGGUCAACUUAUCACAAGGCUGGAUAUGAAACGACAAGCAACCCGAGCAGCUUUGUUGGGCGAUUUGGAAGACCAGGACGAUGACGCUACGGUGUUGGAUCCGUUGACAGGUGAGUUCAAGAGACAAGGCGAUCUGAGCUCGACAAUAGCGACAAUAGCGGCGGAACCAAUGGAGACCGAAGAAAUCAAAGAACCCAACCCAACCAAACCUCAAGAAGAGCCUCCCAAAGAGGACUUUGAAGAGCUUCUUUCAGCAAGCAAGACAGUAGAACCAGCUGAGGUCGUGGAACCGCAGAAGAGUCCUCCAAAGCGGAUGAAGAAGGGCUCUGCGGCCAUGCUCAAGCUGAUUGCCGAGCUGCAUCAAAGCUUGCUGAAGGCAGAUUCGGAACGGAACUUUGAGGUGAUUCCCAGACCGGAAAAUACCUGCUGGAUCAAAUUCAACGAGUUUCCCUACAUGCUGGAGAAGCUGCAAACCAACACAUCCCUCUGGUGUUGCGCGCUUCCGCCGCAGUACGCAUGCCGUAGCAAGCUAGUCCUGGACGAUUCCCGUAAAACGGUAACGACGAGCUACGCUUCGCACUGCCACGCGGCGGACCUGAAAGACAUGUUCGACGCUCAUAAGCCUGAGGAAGAGGGCGAAAUCCGCGACACUGACCAGGAAGAACCCCGCAAGUACACCUUCACCAAGCAGCCGGACUUUGUCUACCAACUGAAACUGGACGACGACUAUCUGUACAACUGCUUGACCAUCUCCAAGACUGGCGUCAGCUGCUGGAGGUGCGCAUCGCGACAGGAGCACAACUGCAAAGCGAUGGUCACGAUGCAGGGCGAUUUUGAGUCGAUGACGCGGAAUCGGUUCGCGCACUCUCACGGGGUUCCUGGUGCGGCAGAUGAAGAGGAAGGCGACAAGGGCACUGAUGCGGGAGAGGGAACGGCCGAAGAGGAGACGGGUUCGAAGGGAAAGCGGGAAAGUGUUGGUGAGGAGGAUGGCGAGGUCAGCCGGAAGAAACGGAAGCGACAGACGCUCUGAUUGGACGAGGGUCGAGUAGGUUGACUGUACCGGUCAUAUGCACCUUGUACAUAAAGAAAGAUCUAAAAUUUUACCUUGGAUAUUUACAUGUUCAGCAAAUAUAAUUAUUCCAAAAUCA